AUGGCGGCUGCUUCAAUCUCAAUGCCGCGUGGCAUUCCUUUUGCCACCUUCAGCGCUGCAAACGACGAAGCCGUUCUGCUGCUCGAGCUCAUCCAGGCUAAAGCGUCACCGCCAAAUCUCAUUAGCAGCGGAAACGCCAUCGGCUAUCACAUAUCACUACCUCUAUCGUCUGAUAGCUCUAGUUCAGAUGAAACUGGCUCCGCUUCAACCUCCGACUCCCAAGCCAGCUCACAUUCUUUUAAAAUGGUGCGGUGGAAUAUUGGUGCUGGUGCACCUCCAACCUUGGUCGAUAAAGGCCUGGGUUACACCAAUCCAGACAUCCUUCUCUGUACUCCAGGCGACACGCCGGCGUCUCGCAGAAUUCGUGACUACAUCAAAGAUUCCCACGCCCACAUCACCUUUCACCCAACUUCAGGCGUCCUUAUGCUCAGGACGGUUUGCAAUCGACCAAUCAUCUAUGAGCAAGGCGAUAUGCACGACAACGAUCUGAUACUCCAAUUGGAUGAAUGGGGAAAAGGAAUGACUUGCGUCUUGCGGAGAGAGCGAAAUUAUCUCCAUUUUGGUCCCUAUCGAUUUCUCUUUACAUUCGCCACACAGACCCGACAGAAUUUCGAUAGGUUUACUGCUCAUAUGAACAAGGCUAUCAAGAGCGACUUUCACGGAUUCAGCCCCUCACGCCUUUUCAACUUCAUCCCGAUGCCAAGCCCAUACCACGAGACUUCGUGGAAUAUCUGGCUUCACCACAAGAUCCCUACCACCAACGUCAUCAUAGGCGUCGACAUUCAUACAGGACAGCCGGUUGCUGUCAAGAAGCUGUUAAACAAAGACACGUCCAAGACACGCCAGUAUGUCGUCGAACGACUGAAGAUGGCUUUUCAGAGCAGAGAUACAAUGGACAGUGGGAUCUUGAAUAUUGUCAAUAUCUGGUGUUCUCAUCAGACUUCUCCACCGUGCCUAUUCAAUGCGUCCAACACCGACAUGCUCGAUGAGUGCCAGCACACCUUCUAUUCGAUUCCGCUCGCUAGAUAUAGUUUUCUGGAUUUUCCCUGGACUAAGCUGGAACGCGAUAUACGUCUUGCAUAUUUCCAUCAGACAUUGCUUGGUCUCUCUGCGAUGCAUGAACAAGGUCUCGUCCACGGGAAUAUCCGGCCCAGCUCACUGCUUGUAUUGGCCAACGCAACACACAAAUCUUAUACGACCACCAAGGCUCUUUCGACAAAAAAGGCCGUGCUGUCACUUUCUAUGAGUCAAACGGGGAGAAAGCCGUAUGAUGCAACUAGUAUAUGUAUCGCGCCUGAGGCUUGGGAAAAGAUAAAUGGUAGACCAAGAGCAGACCUGGAUGAGGCCAAACUCGACAUCUGGGCGCUGGCUACUUCAUGGCUUUAUACCUUUAUGCGACCUCCGGAUAAUUUUAAGAUUGCAACCGAGCACGACUAUUUAAAUAUGCAAGAACAAGUGCAGUAUCGGAUUGAACGAAUUUCCUCGUUGGGGCCUUUUGCUCCUCUUUUGCACCAAAUGCUUGCCUGGAAGCCAGAGCAGCGGCCAAGUGCAGCCGAAGCUCUCAGGAGCACCGCCUGGCAACCUGUAUGGAAUGAGAAGCGAAGGAGGGAAGAUGAGAUGAAGCAGAAGCGGAAGGCCAAGGCGCAAUCUGAUGGAACUAAAAGAGUCAGAGUGCUCUCACCUGGUGCGGAAGAUUAUAAGACCAUUGAGUCAGACUCGAAAGAGGAUUGA